CGGCGUAAUGAAUACACCCUAGCUCUUCAUCCCUGGCUGUUGGUUUCCACAAGUUAAAGUAUCUUAAUGGACUAUACCGUAAAAAUAAAUAACUAAAAUUAGCUUUUUGGUCUUAAUUUAAGGUUAGGCAUAAGGUUAGCAGUGGUUAAAGUUUAACUAGUGACGACCCUGAGUUAUCGGUUGAGUCAAGUUUAUUUCCCUGCGCUUUACGACACAACAGACGUCAUUACUUACGCCCGAACCGGAAGUACACAUCCCGGGGUUAGUUAUAAAUACCUUUGCCGACGUAGAACAACAUAUUUUAAGAUCUGUUUUCUACGGAUUUCUCACGUCACUCUUUGUGACAGUGAAACUUUUAUUCCAUCAAUGCAUUGAAAGCACCUUAUAAAAGCAUUUCCGCUUUUGAUUAGAUCACGUUUCACACAAUCGAGGGGUAAUUUGCUAGAACAAAAUGACGUCUCAAAUCAGUCUAGCUAGCUAGUUCGCCAGCUAUCAGUGCUUGAUACCCGUCGUGCACAGUGCAUACAUUGUCAAGCAGUAUCUAAUUUCUGCAUGAGUAUGAAUCAGAAGCUGUUAGCAUUAGCAAAAGCUUGCAAAGUUCAGAGUCCCGUACAAGGGCUGGUGAGAUGCAGCCCAUAACAUCACCUGGCAGUGGAAGCACUUUGAAGUCCGUCAGUUGGGAGUCAACAGCCGAUAAAGACGCACAGGAGUUGACAAAACAUCAGAUGCCUGCUGUCCCUCAGGCUACAGGGACUUUACAGUGUGGGGAUGACUGUCUGCUGGAUUGCAUUCUGGGUCGAAGGCUUGGUUCAAGGCAACUUGGUUUUGCAAACCGGACUUUGCUGAAGGUGUUGCUUUGGCUGGUUCUGCUUGGGCUGUUCGCUGAGCUGGCCUUCGGGUUGCCUUUCUUCCUAAUCUCCCUCUUCUACUGGCUGUACCAGGGGCUGCGGAGCCCAGCUAAACGUCAACCUGGAGAACUGAGCGCUUACUCAGUAUUCAACCCUGACUGUCAGCCUCUCAUGGGCACCCUCACAGCAGAGCAGUUGGACUGUGAAAUGGGAAUACUUCAGCUAACCAUGUAAAGGAAUAGCUACAGAUUGUAACACCAGAUAAUGUGAUUUAAACCCCCCAAAUUGGUAUCCAUUAUACUGGGAGUUACAGGUUGGUACUGCACUGAAUUUUCAACCAACCUUUGAUGCUGCCUCCGGCCUCGAUUCGUGGAAACGGGAGUCUCGUAAAAUGACCUGGUCUAGUUGCAGGGUGUCCGUUUGAAUUUCUAAAAUACUUUAAUUUUUUUGCUCUAUGAAGUAAUCCAACAAUGUGUACGCUGCCAUCUUGUCUAUUUCAAGUUCUCUCAUUGACCAAGACCAGUGUCUGUCAUGACAUGCAGUACUUUGGGGUCUCGAUCAAUGAGAGAAGACUUGAAAUAGACAAGGUGGCAACAUACACAUAGUUGGAUUACUUCAUGGAGCAAAAUUGUUAUUUUAAUAACGGUGCAUUUUCUUAAUUCAAAGGGACCCCCUGCAACUGGACAAGGACAUUGAGACUUUUCCACGAAUCGAGGACAGUAUCGCCAAGCUAAAUUCUGUGUUACACCAAACAGUACCUAACCUGUAACUCCCAGUAUAAUGGACACUACAUUUUUUGGGUUAAAUCACAUUUUCUGGAGUUACAAUAUGUAGCUAGUUAAGGAACUUUUUGAAAUGUGAGCGAGUUGUGAUUUUUCUGUUAAUUAUCUUAUGAUGCUUAGAUGCCCCUUGACUCUUUCAAUGAACGAAACACUAGUAUUGGUUGUGAUGUAAAACUGCUUGUUAAUUCCAUUAAAAUUACUACAUCUCA